CCUUUUUUCGUGCACGUUUAUGAUUACUUAGGCACUUUUCGUGUUCACAUGUGAGGAAAGACCUUGGUUUCCGGAUAAUUAGAUCUCCAAUCUCCACGAUGGACAGAGCUGAAACACAGAAAAAAUACCAUUAUUUUGCUGUGUUGGCGGUUCAUCUUUGAUUUUGUUUACGAAUUGUGUUGGAGCACUAAUAGAGUGAUCACAUGGUUCAAUCAUAUAGUUCUAUACCACACAAGUAUGACAACCUCAAAAUGUUUGUUAUUGAUGAGAAUAUUUACAACAGAACUACUUCAAUUUACUCUUCAAAUCUUGUUGUUCUUAGUCUGGAGAAGUAUCAGGGGAAAAAGAGGUAUCUAGUUGUUGAAAAAAAGCGAAUUCUAGCCAAGAACUUCUACUCUGAAUAUGACUGGUAACCAAGAUUAUCAUGAAAAUGAAUGGCCAGAACAAGAUAAUAACUCAAUACUAUCUUGGAACAAAAAUGAAACAACCUCAAAACACUCUGAAUUCUAUAAGAAACUGCCAUUAAUUUUAUUCAUUAUGGCCUAUAUAUCAUUUUGUUGUCUUGGUGCACUUUGUUUAACCCUACUAGAACGACCUACAGAAAGACUAGAAAGAUUGCGCUUACACGCUUCACAAAUCAAUUUUUUGAGGACUAAUCCAUGUGUAUCAAGUGAAGAACUUGAGAAGUUUGUUAGUUAUAUUGUAUCAGCCACAAAAAUGGGUAUAUCAAUGACACCAAUUAAAAAUAUCAGCAAAUAUGACUUACUGAGCAUUCCUGAAAAUUGGCACGAAAAUUUUUAUUUAGAAACCAAUGCUGAAGUAAAUGCUCAACUGGAAUCAAUCGCUAGACGUAUUCUAACUGAAGAAGAAAUAAAUAACAGCAGUUGGAACUUUUAUGAAUCAGUAUUUUUUGUGAUAACAGUUAUUACAACUAUAGGUUAUGGAACAAUCAGUCCAGUUACUAUAUACGGCAAAGUAUUUUGUAUAUUCCUGGUUACUGUUGGAAUUCCAAUGAAUGUGAUCCUGGUUUCGGUACUAGCUUCUUUGUGCAUGCCUAUUAUUCGCAAAUCACGAAAUGCUCUAGUUAAUUUUUAUUCCUAUUCAAGUGAUCAUGAUACAUGUCAUAACAAACAUAAUAAAAAUUGGAAACAUUCAAACUCCAAUUCUUUAAGCGGACAGGGGAAAUGUAUGGAAAAUGUUAAACCAUGCCUAAAUAAGCAAAAUGAUCAUAGAGUUUCAAAAUUAUUUUUCAAGCUUAAAUCUCUUUUCCGACGACAAGUUAAUGCUCCAGACAGACGAGUUGAAUCAAGUGUGCUUCAUAGAUCGUUAUCCGACAGUCGUUUAUCGAAUAAUCUUUCACCAACAGUAUGCAAUAUUACCGAGCCAAAGAAUGUCGUCAAAGAUGACGGAUUAUCAAAUAAAACUGCCUCACUGACUUCCUUAUCAACAUCUUUAUCAACAAACAAGACCCAAUCUCAAAGUUCUCUGGCAAUAAAAACUGAAAAUUAUCGAAAAGAUUUUAAUGCUGAAAACGAUCAUAAUAUCUCAAAACAUGACCAAUCAAAUAAACAAAUAUUAUCGAUUAUGAAACAUCACGAACUUCAUAUAAAUAAUGACCUAUCAAUGAAUCCCACUUUAGCUUCGGUAAAAAUUAACAGGCCGAAAACGAUACUUGAUCACACUAAUGUACCGAAAAAAUUAGAACAUAAAGUUUCUUUAAGUUUUGCAGCAAAUAACCAUCCAGAUGCAGCUGACAACAGAAUAAAUCAGCUGGAUACAACUCAAUCAUCUCCAAGUCAAUUCAGUGGAUACAUUGAAAAAGAAGCUUAUGUAAAAAACGUCAAUAAACCAGCUCGUCAUUCAUUGAGUGAACUAUUUAGAGAAAUAACACAAAAUACACGUAAUCUUAACGAUUGCUUUUCUACAGAAACUUCACUAGCUGAUCGUGCUCAUAUUUCUUGCAUAGCAUUUCUACAUUACUUGUUAUCUAGAAGUGAUUUGGCUUUAACUACACAAGUUAAACUUUCAGAAUUUCGAUAUGUGAAUGUACAUCAUGUAAUAACAUGCUCAAUACUUAUACCUGGGAUUAUAUUUACAUAUUUAGAACAGAAUUGGACAUAUUUUGAUGCAAUUUACUUUUGUAUCAUAUCACUUAGUGCAGUUGGUUUUGGUGAUAUGGUGGCAAGUGAAAGUAAAGACAGCAGUACAUCAUCAUUAGUAACAAUAUUAUAUGUGAAGAAUAUUUACAGAGUAAUGACUGCAAUUUAUUUAGUGUUGGGAACCACAUUAAUUGCCGUUCUAGUAAGAAGUUUCCAAGAGAUUAUUGACUACGAAUUUUCAAAUGUAACAGGAGGAUACUACGACAAAAAAUUCGGUGAACAUAUGGCACAAAAUUCAUGUUCAGAAUUAUUUUUUGAUGAUACUACACCUUCACAAAAUUGUAUAAAUCAAUUAAAUCAUAAAGAUAUGGGUUGAGAAGAUAUUCUGUAUUCCGAUUACAAAUAAUAUACAGUUACCUUACAUUUUCAUGAUGUAUAUGACACCGUACGUCUUUCUAGGUAAUUUAAACUAAACAAAUGUUGUUUUUUAUCCACCCACUUUUUCAUAAUCCUCCGGCAGUAUACCUAUUAGAUGGAAUCCAAUAAACUGACCAAAUGAUGUACAUUAUCAUCUGUAAUUUUAUCACCCAUAUGACAGUAAAUAUAUCACAUUAUUGCUGCCGCCAUUAUUUUAACACUCGUCUGUAUUCGCUAUAAAAAUGAUAGAUUCGGCGUUUUAAUUAAAAAUUCAUCGUAAUCACUGGACUGAAGUAUUGUUCUGUUGCUUGAUAAUGCCCCUAACCUCUAACAAUUUUUUUAGUUGAUUAUUCGUUUUGCAUGCUGUUGUGCCAUCUGUUAUAAAUGUUCACAAAAUUAUUGAAAGGUUAUUUACUAAAGAAGCGAAUUUAUUAUGACGAAAUUUGAAAAGAAAGCUGAAAUGUGAACAUCAAUUACAAUAACUGCUUUAUUCCAUAUUAUAUGUUUAGUACGGUAAAGUAUAUUGGAGAUGAAGUACUUCAAAAUGUAAAUUUUAAUGGAAACUGACACUGCAGAAAAUAUGUAGAUAAGCAAGUUACAAAUAAUAAAAUGUACAGUUAAAAAUUACAUGCAUUAAUUUUCAACCACCAGUUAGUUGGGAAAAUGCACUUUUUCCUUACAGAUAGAGGAAUUUUAAAAAUUUCCGUAUUUUCCGCGGACAUAUGAUUUUCAUGUAUUUGUAUCUUGCUCUUCUAGUCAUUAGACGACGAAAAAGUUUUAAGGCCGGCGUAUAUAUUGUUUUUGAUCAAAGGUACUUGUUUGUUGUCCGCGAAAUUUCAAAUGACUUUUCGUAACCAUAUUCAUAAUCAUGUCGGCUAAUGCAAUUAAAUUACC